AUGGAAUUAGUCGAAGAGACCUUUCCAAAAGAAGCAAGUAAGAUGGUAAAAAGAAUUGUGGUGGACAAAGCUUAUCUCUAUGAAGAAGACAAACCACUCACCGUCUGCAAAACCUCUCUCUUCUACACCGGCGAUGGCUUCACCGCCUACGACUGCAACGGCGACAUCGUCUUCAGGGUCGAUUCGUACGGUCCCGACACUAGAGAUAACGACGAGUUUGUCCUCAUGAACACCACCGGGAAGUGUCUCCUCACCGUUAAACGAAAGAGACCGACGUUGCAUCAGAGAUGGGAAGGUUUUCUCGGGGAGAGAUCGGAAGGUCAGAAACCGAUCUUCAGCGUCCGGAGAUCGUCGAUAAUCGGACGGUGCACGAUGGAAGUUGAAGUAUACGACGGAGCCGGGGAAGAGUACAUAAUCGACGGUGACUUCUCGCAGCGAAGCUGCGUCAUAUACGACACGGAGAAGCGAACUGUGGCUGAGAUCAAACGCAAAGUGGACACGUCGACGAACGUGAUGCUUGGCCGAGAUGUGUUCACUCUCGAAAUCAAACCCGGUUUCGACGGAGCCUUCGCGAUGGGUUUGGUGCUCGUGCUUGACCAGAUCAACGGUGACGAUCCUGUUGAGAUCGGUGAUGAACAAGUGCACCCAUUUGUAGAGGAUUAG